AAUUACCCUUCGAGCAAGAACAUAAUGAGAGUGUUAGAAGGAUGAGUGGGGCAAGUUCAUCGACAUCACAACAGGAGGCAUCCAGUCCUGAAGUAACAGCAAGUACACGUUCAAAUCUAUUAUCUAGGGAAUCAUCUACUGAGCAAAUACCACAAUGA